AUGGCACCGUAUGAAGCUCUUUAUGGAAGAAAGUGCCGAUCACCAAUAUACUGGGAUGAAAUAGAAGAAAGAAAGGUUUUAGACCCAACUGCAGUACCAUGGAUCGAGGAUGCGUAUGAGAAGGUGAAAGUGAUACAUCAGAGGCUUCAGACAGCGCAAAGUCGACAGAAGAGCUACGCCGAUAAUCGACGAAAGGAUUUGGAGUUUGAAGUUGGAGACAAGAAGUAUCAUCCAGACCCCACUCAUGUACUGAACCCAGAAGAAAUUGACAUUGAUGAAUCGCUGACUUACGAAGAAAGGCCGGUACAGAUCUUAGAUCGAAAAGUAAAGGAAUUAAGGACUAAACAAAUACCCUUGGUAAAGGUUUUGUGGAGAAAUCAUGAGGUAGAGGAAGCUACUUAG